UGUUGCAGUCCCAACACAUUAUCGGAGGAUUCUCACUGCUCCGAGCGCAGCUCGGUAUGAUAUUACAGAUCAGAUCGAAGACUGGAUUCGUGUUUAAAUAUUCAUGACGCAUCGAGAAGCACACUUAUUGAUCCCUCGAAACCCUAAACCCGAGCUUGGCAUGGUCAUCAAUUUAGAAUUUGAGAUAUUUACAAACAUAAACACGCUGCUUAUAACCCCGCGCCGGAGCGCUUGAGCAAUACCGACCUUGAGCAACUGCAAAACUAGGCAGUUCGAGCGCGCUCCCGCACUCUACCAAUUUUUUCGCAAGGGGCGCUCGGGCCUUGCAACACUUGCAACACGUGAGUCGGAGCAAAAAAUACUACAAAAUACAGGCGGCUUUGGUCGGAGCGAUUGCGUCAGUCUCACUGUCAUCGACACGUCGGAGGUCCGUAAAUGGCGGCGCACAUUGGCGCGGACGCGAAGGACGCCAAAUCGCGGGAGCGCACCGCAAUGCAAGAGGACACUGGUUCGAACGCUCGCUGUUUCUUUGCGCAGUUCUCCGGCGUGUCCAUAAAGACCAGAGUAAGACUGUUGAAGUAUGGUACGAAGAUCCUGUUGCUGAAAUUUAACCUUGGUCAGCCAGUAUCGAAUCUCUACGAGGUAGAUUUUCCAACGACGUGCGAUGGAACUGGGGAUGCCAGACUUCUUUUUCGGGGCAUUCUUGACUGCAAGUCGGGCAUCAAAGAGGUUUAUGCCGUGGACCAGCUUAUCCUGGUUGUUACUCAGGGUGGCCUCUACACUGUGCCAUUGGAUGUCGGAAGUGAAUCCUGGUCUGGCUGCUUGAUCCCCAACGUGCGUGCUGUGUGCCCAAAUCCUUCGGGUGGCUUUGUGGCCGCCGUUGAGGGAGGACCCUUGUCUUGGGACUUGCGUCUCAACGGUGAAAGCCCCGCGCUCUGCCGCGUGGCAUGCAGCCGGCAGAUGUACACCGGAACGGGUGCCUCGGACAGUGGCCCGGUGCUCCGCUGCGUGAGCGUGCACAGGGAAAGCCAGCAGAUCAAAGGUGGUUUCCGGCGAGACUCGUUUGGGGCCCUCUUUGGGGGCAGCACGGAGUCCCCCGUGCUGCUGGCAGGUCUCCCCGACGGCCGGGUGCUUUGGACCCCUGUGCGCCAACGUUGCCAUGGUGGGGCGCACCUGCUUUGUGAUUUGGGCCAGCCGGUGGCGGCCAUUGGAAGCUGGUGUCCUGACAACGCCGGAGCUGAACUUGUACUGGUUGGCCGCUCUGGGCUGAUUUUAGCGAGGCACGGCCAACGGUGGCUGCGGGCAUGGACUCCGCAGGGUCUCGAGGCAGCAGAGGAAUUCUGCAUAGAUAGUUUGGUCAUCCAGUGGCUCUAUGGGUCUGUGCCUUGGCAAGCAAAGCUAAAGCUAGCCACCACAGAGCCUCCACAGCUGCUGCUCGACUGCGGUCCCUUGCCGGUAGGAGAGGCUGUGUCGGCUCAGCUGACAACAAACUCAGGCCUCGCAGCUUCCCAUGCAACUUCUGGCUUGCUGCUGCUGGAUCGUGGUGGAGGUCUGCGGCUGCUCCGUUCGCCGCCCAGACCGACGUUGUGCACAAAGACCCUCGACCUGGGGCCUCUGGCCGAGGCCAGAAGCGCCCUGGCAAGGUCGCAGGCCAGGCUGGCUCAGUUGCGUCGAAUGCGGGACCAAGUGUGUACAGAUCCAGCCGUCACGGUAACGAGACGGCUGCCCGAGGGUCUUCUUGUGGCAGAGUUUCCAUCCUUGAGCGGUGUGGUACCUGGCUGGUGGCACUGUGCCAGCUUUGAGCAGGGUGGCCGUACUCUCUGCUGUUGCACCAUUCCUGGUUCCGCUGCUGGACAGGGGUCUGUGGUUGUCCCAGAUUCUGGCAGGGCCUGCACCCUUACCCGUCUGGCUCUGCUGCUUUCCCCCGAGACCCCAUCAGGAAAGCCCCUGGCGGCUGUGCUGCGACCAAGCCUGCUCCCUGCGAUGGCACCGCCAAAUGCCACACCGUGUAAAGCAGCACUGCUCAGCAUGGCCAGUACCUGGGUUCCCGGGAAUGCCGGCGAUGCAGGGUCUGGGCAGCGACUGGCAUCUCGACUGGACCUAGGGCCUUGGCCUGCAGUCCUGCUGCCAGCAGGGUCCGGGGUCUGCAUCCUGGAACUGGAGUUGCCAGGAGCUAAAUGCAAGCCAGGUGCCAGAGGACUGGCACUACUGAACUUGCUGGACUUGGUUUGCCGCCGUGGAGGAGAGCCGCCCGAGAAAGCCAACUCCGGGUCGGGCUCUCUAGAGCGGUCGGUGCGUGUUGCCUGCGUGGACCUCGAGCGAACCCUGACAGAGUCGGGACCCCUGGAGGCCUACAGGUCCUGGCGCUCAAGCCUCGGCACCGCCCUCCCGGUGGCCUAGGACGGCAGCUCCAGGCGUUCGACAACCGUCUUCUUCAGGGGCAUGUGUUCGCUCAGGGCGGCCGGGUCCGUCAGCACCGCCACCGGGAGCUGGGCCAGAGACAGGAAUCGUUGUCUGAAGCGGCCGAAAGAAUGUGCCUUGUGCCACACUCCGAUGUCCAUGUGGCUGAUCGCAGUUUUGCCGAUAAGAAUGGAUGCCCCUUACGCGCUUUGAAUUGCACUGUCCAAAAUGCUUUGAAUUGCACUGUCCAAAAUGGUGCCAAGAGUACUCCCAAUCACAAUUUCGUUAAAUUUGUUUAACCACCAGAAGGCCGUUGCAAUGGCAGACCACUGGAAGUUUACAAGAGUACCGGGUUUUAUGGCAUUGGCUCGGAAGUAUAUGAACCUCACCAUCACUGGUAGAAAUGGGACAGUGAUUAUUUGUGUGGACAGUCAUUGUAUAAGUGACUCAUCCAGUUAGCGCUGCAUUGAUCCAAAGUAUUAGAAAGUGUAUCUCUAUUAGGAUAUUUAAUGACAGAAGCCUCGUUUAGUUUCUAUACUUCACUUCGGCUAGAGUAGCCUCUUGAAUCUUUCCUUGGAGCACCACUGGACCAAUAAUUUCUGCUCGGAAUGAUUUAAGAGUCUCUCGUCCUUACACUGCACAUCAUUUUACUAUGCCUGUUAAAUCUGCCUGUGCUGUUGCUUGUUUUCAGGUGCACGUGACCUCCAGCAAAAUCAGGGUGUCUAGCAAAAUAUUAUUGUGAAAUUCCCUGACUUUUCCAGGUUUUCCCUGACAAUUUCAAGAGAAAUUCCCUUACCACUGUCGAGGCAAUUAAAUAUAUGAGACCCUUACAACACAAGGCAUUGAGCAUUGAGCAAUGUGAGGAUCAUUUUGCAUAGGCUUAAUCCAACUGGCAUAUCAUGAAAUAUUCGGGUUCGUCCAGUCCGGAUUAAACGAGCGCUUUCUUGCCGUUGACAUCGUCAGUGAAGAGGCCACUUUUGGAAACACAACGAAAACAGGAUGCUUAACUACACAUGUCAAUAACCGAAUGGCAGCAUGGCCAAGUCAUGGCCACCAGAUGCAUACUUUCGGAUACUUUUGACUUAAAAGGAUACUUCAAUGAAAUUUGAAAUAUACCCGUUGUGUUCAAAAAUAAGUUGAAUAUGAUCCACAAUAUCCGUAAAUGACAAUCGCACAUUUGUAUUUCGAGCCUGGUGGCUGUGUUUUUCGUUAUAAAUGGCCCACUCUGGCAAGCGCUAGUAGAACAGCCAGCAGAGAGUACGUGACAUACGACGCAGUCGUGAUGUAAUUCGUCUCGGGACGAGCAAAGCUAAGGCGAGGCUGACAUCAAGAGGAUGGCCUAGUCGUUCCAGCCACCGAAGUGGCUGCUUUUGUAAGAGUUUUGAGCGACGGGUUAAUCUUCUAUAAUUUUGUAGGGGGACAAUAGUGACUUCUGGGACUCACAAAAGGGAUUCUCGGGAAGAGGAGAGGUCCUCCUUUCUCUCUUCGUGGCCAGAAACGAGACAGUUACCGUCACUAGCUCUCAAGGUUCCUACACGGGCAUUACAAACGAGGCGUGAGCGACACCCACCAGGUGCUCUUUGCUAAUCGUUUAAUUUAUUUUAAAAUUCCUUUUCGUGCCUUUUUUAAGAAUAUAUUGGUAUGUUCGAUGUGAUACUGCUUUUUUGAACACAUAUAGACCAAGAAACGAGCGUCGAAAUUUCGUUGUGGUAUCCCUUUAAGGCUUGGAUCAGAUUGGGGUCUGCGACUUUCCCAUUUGUUACUAAAUCUAGUAGCUCUAACUGGAUCUAGCCUAGUGUCGCGCCCUCAAUCCAAUCCAAGGGUUGGACUGGAUCUGUCGGCUGUUUCUUUUGCAUCAGGUAGUACACUGUACACCGGGUGAGCAGAGCCUGCGCUCCGCUCGAAGCAGAAUUUAUUGCCUAUUUUUCUGCCCCCAAGGUCUUAAGUCUUUGCUCAGGGCACUCGAUGGCGUUUCCGGCUCAUUUUCCCCGACUGGGCUCGCUUUUUGACAAUUCCCCUGACAAUUCCCAGAUUUUUCCCGGUAAUUAAAAUUUCCCUGACUAUACCCGGUUUCCCCGGCCCGUAGACACCCUGAAAAUAUACAGCAAUUGCCUGCACUCUCAUCGCUUCUCCUGGCCCCUUGGCUUCAAGGUCACGAUCACAAAGGAGAGGAGGGUGAGACUCACGUCCAACUGGGCUGCGCUGCACUCUCGACUGGUGUACUCCCGCAGAAUGUAGUUCCAGCCAGCCUGCACACGGAUAAGAAAGGAGUCUUAAAACGGCUCUCAAGAUCCCCGACAGCUGUUGGUUCCUGUCAGCAUUGGGGAGCUGCCACGAUGGAACUGUUGGAAGUAUGGGGUGAUCCAUUUGAACGUGUUGUAGAUUGGGCGAACUGCAUUAUAAUUAUUUAGAUAAAGGUGAUUGUUUUUCUUGG